AAUAGGUUGACCCCCUCUUCUUUGAGUUACACUAUCUCACCUGGGGAUGGUCUGUAAUUUGGGGUUCUCUUAUAUUUAAAGAGCAGGUAGCAACUGUGGCUAGGAGUCAGUUUUCAGCUGCCCUCAUUUUUUGCCCCCUCUCUCCCAAAGUAACAGUCUGGUCAGCUUUGAAGUGUUAAAAAUCCUACCUGUUCUGCUUUGCCCCGGGGGAGAGUGUGAAGGUGAUAAUGUGGGUGCGUGGUACAUUUCCCCCCAGUAUUUUUUUUAAAAAUAUUUUUAUGUAUACUUGAGUAUUUGCAUUGGUGUUGUAUUUUGACACCAAUAGCUGUCUUGAAUCUUUUUGGAAAAGAUGUCAUACAAUACACACAGGCCAAGCACUGAUGAUGUUACUUAGUUGGGUCGUGAAAUGUCUACAAGAAAACAACCCAGCUCAGAGAGCACUAACGACCUCACACACGGAUCUGCCUGUGGCUGAGAUGAGGCUUGCAACAGACUGUAUUCUUUGUCUUUGGAUGCGAGAUCCAAAUAUAAUAAUGUUUUUGAAGCAGUGGAAAACCCUUAUGUCUAAAUUUUGUUCUGGAAAGGUUGUUGGAAACCUUGACGUUGUAUUUUUUUUAAAAAUCUGAUUAAAUUCUUGUAAAUUGCUUAUCUGCUCCCAGUCUUUGCAGUGCACUUCUCCCUUUCUCUCAUAUGGUGAAGACUCUAUAGAGCUUGUAAUAACUCCAGAGGCUGGUAAGAAACCAUGCUAUAAAUCUAAAUAAAUAAUGCUGCAACCUAUUUUUCUCUUUUCUCUUAUGUGUCCAACAAAUCAUUUGCUUUUUAGAAAAGGCUUCUUCAAACAGGAGUGCCGUAUAAUGUGCUAGAAACCUCAAAUAUGGAAAUAGAGACCGCAUACCAUCUGACUUUGCCAUUCAGUCCUGCAAACUGCCACCUGUAUCUCAAAUGUUUCAGGUAGUUGAUCUGAGAAAAACCAUUGAUGAACAGUCCUUUCACUUAUGAUGGCAGACCAGCCACCUCCAUUAGAAGCCACACCUAUUUUGAAUGAAGUGCCACUUCUACCUCAUAUGGUCAAUGGGGACACCACCCAACAGGUUAUUCUUGUGCAAGUAAACCCAGGAGAGACGUUCACAAUAAGAACUGAAGAUGGACAUAUACAGUGUAUUCAAGGUCCAGCACAUGUUCCUAUGAUGUCACCAAAUGGUUCUGUCCCUCCAAUAUUUGUGCCUCCUGGCUAUGUCUCUCAGGUGGUUGAAGAGAAUGGUGUUCGGAAGGUCAUAGUUAUGCCGCACUCGACUGAAUUUCACCCUUCCAUGCAUCCCCCUCCUCCACAUGUGCCCCAUUACAUUCAUCCCCACCCCGCUUUGCUUCCCCACCCCCCUCAUCCCGUGUACCCUCCGGUUCCAGGAACGGGAGAAAUCCCGCCCCAGUUCAUUCAUCAGCAUCCACCACCACCUUCGCCUCAUCUUUACCAAGAUCAAGAGUCCCGUUCCCACGGCAGAGCAAAUUUUGUUCAGCGAGACGAAAGGACUCUCAAAAUGCAAGAACAUUUGAAGAAGAGGCUAAAAGACCGACAGGCGAGCGGACAGACGAAUAACAAGGCCAACAGCCCUCCUUCCUCACCUCAUAAAGCUAACAGUUCCUCCAGCACCAACAUCCAGAACGGCUAUGGAAAGGGGCAGCAAGGCAGCUUGGGGCAAAUCAAACAGAAGCAUAUAGGAAAAACCCGGGGAAGCCCCAUCCCUUCAGCUGAUUCAGGGAUGGGAGAAUCCGACACAGAGUCUAGGAAAUCUGAAGAACUUUUGAGCUUCAGUAAGCCUACUAUCUCCGAGAUACAGGCACGUUCAGCAGUUAUUUCUUGGAGUGCCCCAGUUGCAGCCCAGAGCGAAGAAACGCAGAGUCUCACUCCUGAAGCCUUCACUUUUGAAGUAGCAGUUUCGAAUAGCGGUAAAAAUGGAAAAUUUAAAUCCGUUUACAGUGGUGAAGACAAAAGUUUUACUCUGUCUGAACUUAGACCAGCGACUGAUUAUCAUGUCAGGGUUUCAGCCUCAGGUCAUUCCACAAAGGAGUCUGUUUCAGAAUUGGUGAGUUUUACUACCGAGAGUUGUGAACCGGAUCCUCCUGCAGCACCAAAAGUAGUCAACAAAACCAAAAACAGCCUGACAUUACAGUGGAAGUGCUCCAACGACAAUGGGUCCAAAAUAACUAGCUACCUUUUAGAAUGGGACGAGGGGAAGAGCGGAGCCUUUAAAGAAUGUUACUAUGGCCAUCUAAAGCAGCACAAAAUCACCAAGCUGUCCCCCUCUACCAAAUACACCUUCAGACUGGCGGCCAAAAACGACAUCGGCAUGAGUGGGUUCGGCGAGACGUUGCCAUGCUUCACAAUCGGAGUUGUUCCACCACCGCCCCUGCCGCCCCAGCUGGCUAAAGCAGGGGUGAACUGGCUGUCACUGAAGUGGGGCUCUCCAAAUGGCGCAUCUUCAGAUGACUCCCUGACGUACAUUUUAGAAAUGGAAGAAGACGGUUCGGAUUAUGGCUUCCAAGCAGGGUACAAUGGAGAUGAGCUUUCUUGCACUUUAAGUGACCUUAGAAGAAACACUUCCUAUAAAUUUAGGUUGUUUGCUCACAACACUGAAGGAAAAAGUGGGCCUAGCGAAGUUGUGGAGUAUAGUACCUGCCCUGACAAGCCUGGAGCUCCUAGUAAGCCAACUGUAAAGGGAAAAAUCCAUUCCCAUAAUGUGAAAGUUACCUGGGAUCCACCAAAAGAUACUGGAGGAUCAGAUAUUUCUUCAUAUGUCUUAGAAAUAUCCGAAGCCUCUCCUGGCAGUAAAUGGGAAACGGCCUACAAAGGUUCCACGAGAGAACACGUAUGUGCCCAUCUCAAGCCUGGUACUUCCUACAGGCUGAAGGUUUCUUGUGUUGGUAGAGGGGGACAGAGUCAGCCAUCCGAUGUACUCACUGUCCAGACCUCAGCUGUUCCCCCUGGGCCGUGUCGUCCUCCGUGCCUGGUUGGCAAAGCCAAGCCUAAGGAAGUUAUCCUGCAGUGGGAUCCUCCUUCAGUAGACGGGGGCUCAGAGGUGUCGGAAUACCUUCUAGAAAUGGCAAACAGCGACCAAGAAGAACGUCGGCAAGCCUACCGUGGCCAAGCUUUGGAAUGCACCGUGAAUGGUCUUCUUCCUGGACGAACAUACUGCUUCUGGAUACGGGCAGCCAAUAAAGCAGGGCUCGGCCCUUACUCAGAAAAGGCAGAGAUUUCUACAGCUCCAGGGGCCCCCGAUCCAUGUCCCACCCCCCUCUUAAUGUGCAAAACUGCUACUUGUAUAGUAGCUACAUGGGAGAGCCCACCAUGUAAUGGGGCAGAAAUUAGUGAAUACAGACUAGAAUGGGGACAAAUGGAAGGAUCUAUGCAUGUAGUCUAUACCGGCCCUCUGCUAUUCUACGAAGUGAAGGGGCUUUCCCCUGCAACUACUUAUUAUUGCAGAGUACAGGCUGUGAAUCUGGCUGGUGUUGGAUUGUUUGGGGAAAUAAGCACCGCGACCACCCCGGCUUCAGUGCCAGCAGCGGUGGCCGUCUUGAACUUGCUUGAAGAAGAUCAGUUGGAAGGUCUUCCCCUCUCCACGUGCCUUGCUCUUCUCUGGGAGGAGCCUUGUUGCCAUGGGGCAGAGAUCAUCGGCUACCACAUAGAGUAUGGGGAGAAACAGGUCUUAACAGUCAACAGAGUCACAAGCCAUGUUCUGGAGAACCUGCAACCUGACACUUUAUACAGAAUCCGAAUUCAGGCCUUCAACAGUCUUGGAACUGGUCCUUUCAGUCCAUCCAUUAAAGCGAAAACAAAGCCUUUACCUCCAGAUCCUCCCCAUCUGGAAUGUGCGGUCUUCAGUUACCAGAGCCUUAAGCUGAAGUGGGGUGAAGGUCCCAGCAGAGCUUCAAUUGCCAACCCCACCCAGUUCAAUUUACAGAUGGAAGACAGGCUGGGCAGGUUCAUCACUGUCUACAGUGGACCUUGCCACACCUAUACAGUGCAGCGGCUGAGUGAGUCUACGACAUACUGUUUUAAAAUCCAGGCAUGCAACGAUGCAGGCGAAGGGGACUUUUCUGAAGUUUAUGCCUUUGCUACAACCAAAUCACCACCGCCUGCCGUGAAAGCACCUAAAGUCCAUCAGCUGGGAGACAAUGUCUGUGAAGUUACCUGGGAGCCUUUACAGCCAAUGAAGGGUGAUGCCAUUGUUUACAUAUUGCAGCUUGCCACUGGGAGGGAAGCGGAUCAGAUCUACAAGGGACCAGAUACCUCCUACCGUGUCCCCAACGUGCAAACAAACUGUGAAUACCGAUUCAGGGUGUGCGCUGGGCGCCAGUAUCGGGACUCCACUGGAUGGCAAGAACUCUUUGGCCCGUAUAGCCCAAACGCCACUUUCUCAUCUCAAAAGCAGGAGUUGCUUUCGCCGUCUUCGGACCCGGCUCCCGAACUCCUGAAAAGCAAGCGGAAGGCGCUGAGCGACGAACAGUUUGCGUUUCUCCUCCUCGUCAUCUUUGCAACGGUCGCCAUUUUGUUUGCCGUUAUCAUCCAGUACUUUGUGAUCAAGUAAGUCGGUGGCCGCGAGAAGUGACUUCAUCACUCAGCUUUAUAAUUUUUUUUUUCAUACGGAAGUUUUACGGCUUUGGGUAUUUAUGUAAAUUCCAAUUAAAAUGCUAGCUGGGAAUGAUGGAAGAAAGACAACACAUUUCCACUUUUGCUGCUGAGUAAACAGGUUGGAUGGACAGGAUGCCUUCCCCUCCCCAUCACCAUCUUCCCCCCCGGGGCCCGAAGAAACCUGGGGGAGGGAGGGGAGAGAGAGGAGGGAGGGCAGACUAACCGGAAGAACAUCCCUAUUUACAGCACAGUGGUGCGUCUACUAAUCAGGGUUAGCUGUUGAAAACAGCAGGGGAAAAAAAAAAAAAAAGCUGCCUUAAUUCUCAAGACUUUUGACUUAAUUUUCACCGUAAGUCCUGAAUUCUCAAGUCCACCAAGAAGGGAGGGCAGGAGACGAGCCGACUGGGGACCAAGAUGUAGGAGCAACGAUGCUUAUGCUUAAAAAAAAAAAAGAGUCCUGUAUUUUAGGAUGCAGCUGGAGGAAGCCACCUCAGAUAACGCUGUAGAUAAAAAUCCUACCCAAAUACUGUCCACAUUGACUUUUAAUGAUAGUGCAAUGUUAAUUUUUCCAGUUCUUUUAACUGGGGGUGUGUGUGUGUGUGCUCUGUCCCUUCUAGGGCAGUAGCAGGUGUCAUUCAGCCUUUUUGAGUUUUUAAUCCAAGGUGUCCAAUUUACCUGGACGCAGAGGGAGUGUUGGUCUUGAAAUGUGGCUGAGAGGCUCUCCUCCCCCCCCCGCGCCCCCCACCCCACUUCCAGAAGUGUUCAUUUCUGAUUUGAGAUGCUUUCUCGUUGCAAAACAACAACAAAAAAACGGAUGGCCUAACUCAAGGUUUCCUCUCUGUGUCCGAGAGACUUAAGAACACCCUGUGCUUCUGACUUUAAAAAAACCAAAAAAAAACAAAACCGCUGCAGCAUUGGUUUUCUUUGUUUUCCAAGAGGGGAAAAAAAAAAAAAAGCACAGCAUUUUUUUUUGUCUUUAAUGAGAACAAAAAAAAAAAAGUGCAUUUAUGAUAAAUGUUUCACUAUUUGGCUCAAACUGAGCAGAAAUGUUUUUUGUACUCUUAACGUGGAAUUAAAAAGCCGACUCUCGGGGGGGGGGAUCUCUCUUUUUUUUCCCCCAUUUAAUUUUGUUUCUCAGGCCGCCCUUCUAACGUCAUCCGCCUGAUCAAGUCACGUGUGAAAAUUACUUCUCUCCCCCCCCUUCUUCUUUCUCUCCUUAAACCCCACUCCCCCCCCCCCAAAAAAAAAGUUAGGUCCAAGUUUUAAUGUAAUUGUCACCUCAUCCAUAGCGGUUCUGUGUUCCACUGUUUUGGGUCUUGUGAUUCCAAAGUCUUUUCAGUUUGGGAUGGAAAUUUCAGUAACAUCUCUUGGCUUGUUUUUUUCUUUUAUUUGUUUGAGGGGCUGGGGGCGCGGGUGGGAGGGCAAAUAUCAUGCACUACAGAGAAGCUUUUCUGUGUAAGGCCUCUGCAGCAAAUACCUGUAAAAUAAAAGUAAUUAAACAUUAUCUGCUACUUUGAAAGCUGGAAACCAUCCGUUUUGUUCUUCGGAAGAAGAAACUAAAACAACACAAUGACUAGGCAUUUUGUUGAGUUUUCCAUAUUGGUAGGGACCGAAAAGCUCCACCUUAACGAAACAUCUGAAUGCUUGUACUUGUAUAUGGGACAGUGGACGUAACUUGUAAAACUCAUGCUUAGCUUGAAACAUGUCUGUUUCCAAAACAACACAACUGGCUGUUAAUUCAUCAUGAUAGCUUAUGGUUUGUGGCAUUGUUUGCAUUUCACACCUGGGGGAAAAGACACACACACACACACACACACACACACACAUACACACACACAAACACACGGAAAUGAUAUCAUAUCACUAUCUUUAAAGUAGAUUUAUGGUGCAAUCUGAAAUUUAUCUCUUUUUUCCCCCCAUAAAAUGUACUCUCCUCUUUUAUGUGAUCUAUUUAUUUUGAUUUAAAAAAAAAUAAGUUCUGGAAAAUGUAUGUUUGAAUGUAUUGUUCUACUUGUAGCAGAACUUUUUAAGUUUAAUCAUUUGUUGUAAUGGAAGCCUCUGCUCAGUGUUGAAAAGAGUUUUAUACAAAUGUUCGUGUCUUUAGUUUGCAGGAAUGUUUACAACCUGUUCUCUUUCAUUUCGUUUCAUACUUCACUUUUUUAUAAAAUAAAAUAGAUUUGUCUUUGGCAGAUUUCUGUUGCGAAAGUGACAAAAAAAAACACAAAAUAGGUGGGGAGGGAGAGAUCUCAUCGAAUUGGCAAGAGUGUGAGAAAUACAUUUUUUUUUAAAUUAGAUUUUCUGAAUGAAAUACUAACCAAAAUUAUGACUUCCUAGAAAGUUAAAUCUUUAAUUUGUAUUUGUAAUUGCCACAAAAUGUUUAUUAUAUUUCCAGGAAGUUUACUGGAAAGCAUAAUGUAGAAUUUUAUAUUUACAGCUAUACAUUCCAGAUUGAUGUACCUAGUGGCAUUAAUGUAUUAGGUCUCCUUUUUCUCUUGUAUUGUAAUUUUUGCCGUAUUUCAUACUUAUGUUAAACCUGCCAGGCAUCGUAUUACUAAAUUGUAACUAUCAAAUAGAUAAUAUAUUUAAUAUGGCCAAUAAAAAUAAAAAAAAAUGUUCA